GAACAUGGAAGAAAGUUCACAGAAUGGUGUGUGGAUCUCUUCUGUUGCUCAGUGUGUCUCUAUUUCCUCUGGACACUUUUACUGUAUGAGCUGUGUUUACAGCUGCUGGGAUUAGGUGGAUCAGAAAAGUGUCGACAGCUGUCCACAGUGCAGAGACGCGUUCACCUCAGGCCGCUUCUAAAGAAAAGCACCAUCUUGGCUGAGCUGUUGGGGAAUCUGAAGAUGGCAGAGGCCCAGGCUGCUCCACCCGUGACCGCACGCACAGGAUCAGGAGAUGUGGAGUGCGACUUGUGCUCUGAGGAGAAACUCAAAGUGGUCGUGUCCUGUCCGGUGUGUCUGACCUCCUUCUGUGAGGUUCAUGUUCAACCUCGUUAUCAGCCUGCCUUACAGAAGCACAAGCUGGUCAAAGCCACACAGCUACAGGAGAAGAUAUGUUUUCAACACGGCAGGCUCCUUGAGAUGUUUUGUUACAAUGACCAGAAGUGCAUUUGUGUGUUGUGCACCACAGAAGAUCACAAUGGCCAUAAUACUGUUUUUGCAACAGUAGCACGGACCGAGAAACAGAAGCUGCUUCUGGAAAAAAGGAAGAAAUUCCAUAGGAGAAUCCAAGAAAGAGAGAUAGCGAUGAAGAAGUUGACAAAAGCUGUGGUAUCUUACAAACGUUCUGCACAGGAAGCGUUGGAGCACAGCGACAGGAUCUUCACUGAGCUGCUGCAGUCCAUUGAGAGAAGACGCUCUGAGGUGAAAGAGCUGAUCAGAGCUCAGGAGGAGGCAGCUGUGAGUCGAGCUGAAGAGAUUCUGAAGGAGCUGGAGCGGGAGAUCGAGGAACUGAAGAGAGGAGACGCUGAAAUGGAAGAGCUCUCACGCGAAGAAGACGAUGUCCACUUCCUCCAGAGUUUCCAGGCCCUCCAGACCUCUCCUGUAUCCAAAGCUUCACUCAGCAUCACUCUCAGUCAACAUCCAUCAUUUGACGCCCUGAAGGAAUCUCUUAUUGCACUGAAAAGGGACGAAACCUGCCAGAUUGGGAAGAUAUUAGCAGUAGUGAGGAAGAUCCACAUUGUGCUGCCACUGAAACCAAAAACUAGAGAGGAGUUCAUGGAGUAUUCUUGUCCACUGACGCUGGAUCCAGACACAGCACACAGAUCCCUCUCCCUGUCCGAGGCGAACCGGAAGGCAACCCGAGGAGAGGAGCAGCCAUAUCCUGACCAUCCUGACCGGUUCGACGGAUGGGCGCAGGUGCUGUGCGUGGAGGCUAUUUCUGCAUGUUCCUACUGGGAGGUGGAGUGGACUCAUGAGGACAAUGUUGGAGUGGAUAUCGCCCUUGCAUACAAACAUAUCGACAGGAAAGGUGUUCUUGAAUGUCGGUUCGGGUGCAAUAAACAGUCGUGGAGGCUAGAGUGUGAUCCUGGAAGAUGUUCUUUCAGGCACAAUAACUUCAGAACUGAACUCCUCACCCUCCCACUCGCCAGGAUGGGGGUGUAUGUGGACCAUAGGGUGGGCCUUUUGUCCUUCUACAGCGUCUCAGACACAAUGACCCUCCUCCACACUGUGCAGACAACAUUUACUGAACCCCUCUAUCCUGGGUUUUGGGUGGCAAAUGGAGCAUCUAUAAAAAUCUGCGCAGAAUAAUGCAUUACAGUAAUUGCAUUGCUGCACUGAUUCAUUGUUUAAAUUAUGCACUAAGCCCUCAAAUGCGGAAAUAAGAGACAUCCUCACUGGUCUCUGGGACUCUACAUGCUCAAUCAGCAUUUGUGGUGAUUAGACUAAACACUGUUUUAGACUAAACACUUUUUUAGACUAAACACUUUUUUUGUAGUGCAGCCAUUCUGCUGCUGCUGCUCAUUUCCAUCUCACUGAGAUACUAGUCUGGCUUCACACAAUACACUUACGUUUCCCUUAGCCAUCAGGAUGGCAGUCCAAUCAGCAACGAGAGGGGAUGACGUUACUUUCGAAAGUGUCGAAAGUGGUCAACGGUAGUAACAAUGCCUGCAAACAUCCAGAAAAUUGCAGUCGGAAAAAUGUGUAAAUGUAUAUACAACAAAGGUAAAUGCAUUGUGUCCUGACUGCUGAUGCUGCUUAUUAUCAGUAUGUAAAGGUUAGUAGGAAGUAAAGUGAGAAAUCCCUGAUCAAUGUGAUUGGUUAGGCUGAACUAAUGAUUUCAAAGUUAACGUAAAGUCCACCCCCAUUACAGUACAUUAAUAUUUAGUCAUUUAGCUGACGCUAUUAUCGAAAGCGACUUACAAACAAAGUACAAAAGGGAAACAAUCAAGGUACAGACUAUUACGAUGCUAGUGUAGGAAACAAUCUCCCAAUGGAGAGUACCCAGGCUCUGUUCACAAAGUGAAACAAAACGAGUGAGUCAGGAGAAACCAGACUUGGUAUUUUGUGAAUGUGGCCCUCUUUGCAUGUGGGUUCUCCUGUACUGUGUCUACCAUGACAGGUACCAUCACCUAUAAUGACAUAAAACUUAAUGUUAAGGAUUUUUUUAUUCUAGUUUAUGUAUUCAAUUAAAUCUAAUCAAAUCAAUCCUGUCAGGUGUCUGAACAAUAGGAUCGAAUUCAUGGGACUCAGACAGAACUGAUAGCUCUUAAAGGAGAUAGCAUCAGCUGCCAUGUAACCGACCUGCUGAUGACCAUCUCAUGGUGUCCUGAAGCAGCCCAUGCAGGUUGAUUAAGGAUGAGUGGACUUUAUGGCUGGAAUUGACCCCUUGUCUUGUAAUUCUGUAACUAGUGCAUAAAGAACACAAAGACCCAUUUUGUUCCUGUUAAAUAUGCUCCAGGUGGAAUAGAGUGAUGGGCUGAAGGCCCCCUGGAAUAAUCUUGUUCUGGGGAGGUGAUUUACCUUUGGGACACAUCUCUGUAGCUUUGCUCUAUAAAUAGAUCUCUGAGUUAAGUUGGAUUUGUCAGCCCUAGGGUCUCCAGCAAGAAUUUUCAACCUUUCACCACCAUACCAACUCAGUGUGUCAUCAGCAUCUGUUUUUGUGUGUAUGUGUGUGUGUGUGUGUGUGUGUGUGUGUGUGUGUGGGAGAGAGAGAGAGAGAGAAAGUAAAUAUGGUCUAUAGCUGUUUGUUUAUUUGUGUGUGUGUGUGUGUGUGUGUGUGUGUGUGUGUGUGUGUGUGUGUGUGUCUGUAUGUGUGAAGUUAUUCUGAAGGAGAUGCUCCAUUUGCGGGCUGAUUCGAAGCCCGCUCCAUCUCGCAGUCAUUAUUAGUGCUGGGCCAGAUUGAACGGCACACAGUCGUUAUUUCAUUAUUUAUAAUGAAAACAUCAGGCGGCAGGGAUGUGAACGCGAGGCAAUGCCCGGUAAUGGACUCAUUUGUUUGUGUUAGUUGCGCAUUCGUCAGUGUGCCCCGUGCCUGUCAGGGGUCGCUUGAUGAAUUAAAAGUGUCUCACAGCGGA